AACAACCAAAUCCUUCUCUGAUCAAAACCCUCUCUACCUUCCUCCAGAGACCCUGAUCCCAUUUCAUUCUUGAACUCUGAAACCCCCAUAAUCCCAGAAAGAUUCAAGGGUUUAGAGUAAGGAGAGAGUGAUGAGGAGAGAAGGGUCUCUUUCAUUUCCAUAGAAAUCUAGUAUAGGUUAUUAAUGUAGGGUAGAUAAUGGAAAUAUGUAUUCAAAAAAAAAAAAACCAGAGUCGAGGUAUAUACAGUUCUGAGAAGAAGCUGAGAUUUGGUUUGGCCUGUGGGUGAUAUUGUCUCCGUGGUAUUUUUAUCACCAGUAUCGUCAUCAUGACACACAGCGGUAACGGCAUUAAUGGCGGUGGUGCUGUUCUCAGCGGCGAGGGAAGGGCUUUGGAGACAACCGGCGGGAUGGAGGGCAAUAAGGGCCUAAAGAAAGGUCCGUGGACGGCGACGGAGGAUCAAAUAUUGAUGGACUACGUGAGGCAACACGGCGAAGGGAACUGGAAUUCAGUGCAGCGAAACUCUGGUCUCAACCGUUGUGGCAAGAGUUGCAGGCUCCGAUGGGCCAAUCAUCUCCGCCCUAAUUUGAAGAAGGGUUCCUUCACACCAGAGGAAGAGAGGCUCAUUCUUGAGCUUCAUGCCAAAUACGGCAAUAAAUGGGCACGCAUGGCCUCUCAGCUACCCGGACGAACAGACAAUGAAAUAAAGAAUUAUUGGAACACAAGGGUGAAGAGGCGACAACGUCAAGGCCUACCUCUAUAUCCUCAUGAUAUUAAACAAUCCCAACAACAAUCUCAUUCCCAGUCACAACCAACCACUCUAACCAUUCCCACAGGACUAAAACAGUCCAGCACAAGCACCGGAAUGCCACCCACAGGCCAAACUUUUUCCUUCCAAGUUCAAAAUUCAUCAUCAUCGCAGACUCAUCAACUCCCUCUCAUAGCCCCUACUCACCCAUAUCACUCUCCCCCAUCCUCUCCCAAAUCCGCCCUCAGUCAUUCCCUUCCUCUAAUAUUUGAUCACCCCACCGACUCUUCCUUCACCUUCCACCGCCCCACUCCCAUCCUCGGAGCCCCAUUGCGGUACAAAAGGCACCCCGACAGCCGUGCCAUCUCCCCUCCGGUUUCCCCAAGCCUACAACGAAGCACCUCCAUUUUACGAACCAGCUCCAUGCCCGACAUAUCUUACAAUCAGCAUUUUGCAGCAGGAAACAUGUCCAUGCCUGACAUGUCCUCUUUUCAGUUUCAGCCAACACGUAAUUUCAAUGGUUCGUUGCCACCAUUGCCGCGUUCCACCAGCGUCCCGUUUGAUUUUGGGGAGAGUACCAGGUCACUUUAUUCGGUGAAGUCAUCAGAGCUUCCUUCAAGCCAAGUAUCCCAAACACAGUCACAGUCUGAUCAGAUCACCAACGAUAACAAGCUAAAUAUGGUGGCUGCCGCUAAUGAGACUCAUUGCAGUAAUGUGUUGGAAGAGUUGUUACGAGAAGCUGAGGCAUUGGCUUCUGUUGCAACUCCAAGGAAAGCAUCAAUUGGUCUACCGGGACGUUCUUUUGAAGACAAGCAUGUUUUGGAUGGUUAUGGCCGUUGGGUGCAAGCUACAGGUUCCACAAAUAACUCUUUAUCAGAUAUGAAGUCAAUCCAGGAUCAUCAUGACCACAUGAAUAAUUCCAUGCCUGAAGACUUGUCGAAGCUGUUCAGUUUUAUUCCUUCAACCGAGCCGGUCUCCGAUUGGUACAGUACUGAUAGUGGGGAAUUCUCCAAUGGCGGCCAAUCUUCUGGAAUAACUGAGGCUAGUUUUGAGUUUGACAUGCAGCAACAUAUGGCUUCAAUGUUCCCUGUUGUUGCCUCAUCAACAGACCAUGACAGAGUUCCCAACAGUUGGGACAACUUGCCAGGAAUGUGCUGAAGAUAUAUAAAUAUAUAUAUGAAUACCAUAUACGUACAUAAUUAUAUUAUAGAUAAUAAAAUAAAAAGCUUUCACGCUUACAGAGAUUCCUGUUUAC